CGCAUUCGUCCCGCUUUGCGGCGGCAGUACUUGACGGCAGCGGUGUCCGCCCUCGCCCCUCCCCCCCGCCGGCGUUGUCGGGGUAACGGUGAGCGCGUGGACUCGAUGAAGAUGAGGAAACCACAGCACAGGAAGAUUAAAUAACCUUUACCUGCAAUCACACAGCUAGGAGGUAGUGAAGCAGAUUCCUGCCCUGGCACGCUGGCUUUAGAGUUCCUUCUCUUAGCCACUUGCAUCUGGAGUGCAUAAUAGACCCUUGACUGGGAACUGCUGUUGCCAUUGUUAUUCAUCAGCUUACCUUAAAAAUUGGAAGGUGAUUGACAUCCCCAGCACCUCUGAUACUAGGAGCCCCUGAAUAGUUGAACUUGAAAAAUGGCAGAAGCAGUUUUCCAUGCCCCAAAGAGGAAAAGAAGAGUGUAUGAGAGUUAUGAAUCUCCAUUUCCAAUCCCUUUUGAUCAGAACUGUGGACCUAAGAAAGAUUUCAAAAUGUUCCACGCCGAAAUGAUAAACAACAAUGUCAUUGUGAAAAACGCAGAAGAUAUGGAGCAGCUGUAUGGGAAAGGUUAUUUUGGAAAAGGAAUCCUGUCUAGAAGCCGUCCAAACUUCACAAUUUCAGAUCCUAAGCUGGUUGCUAAAUACAAAGAUAUGAAGACAAAUAUGCCUAUAAUCACAUCAAAGAAAGAGAAAGGAACAUCAAUGGGAGAAAGAAACAUUGAUCUCUCAUAUGUGCCCCACUGGGGAUGGAACCUACAACCUAGGUAUCAGCGUAGUGUAGAAUGGGCCACAAAGCUCAUGCAAAGACAGGCUCAUGAUGAGAGUACAGUGCAUAGAAUCCUUGAAGAUUACACAAAACCACUUGAGCAUUUUUACAUCAAAAGGAAUGAAGACAUUCCAUUGCCUGAUGAGCCGAAUUCUGAAAUAGUUUCCAAAACAGAAGCCACCAUGGAUAAAGAGACACUUUCUGUGAUAAAUGGGGACUCGGGAAAGUCAGAUGAUAUUGAGGAUCCCAGCAAGCAAUCAGGCUGCCUUCAGGAAGGCCGUGGGCAUGACCCACUAACUGCAAAUGGCUCAGAUGAGCAUGUGUUAGAGGUCACUGCAGCUCUGCCCCAAGUCCAUUGUGGCAAACAAGGUGUUCUCCUGCCCCAUGGUGGCACUCGGGACAGCAGCCAACAGGCAGGUCUCUGUGCCAGAGAGAGAGGCCCUGAUGACGAGUAUGUGCUGGUGGAGGAAGUCGUGUGUGAUGAUGUGAGCGAGAGGGAUGAUGCCCCAGAUGAAUUGGCACAAGAAAAGAUACUAAUAUGCAGAAGAAACCCAUAUAGGAUCUUUGAGUAUUUGCAACUCGGCCUAGAAGAGGCCUUCUUCCUGGUCUAUGCUCUGGGAUGUCUAAGUAUUUACUAUGAGAAGGAGCCUUUAACGAUUGUGAAACUCUGGAAAGUUUUCACCAUAGUUCAGCCCACAUUCAGGACUACCUACAUGGCAUACCACUACUUCCGAAGCAAGGGCUGGGUGCCCAAAGUAGGACUAAAGUACGGAACAGAUUUACUGCUCUAUCGAAAAGGACCUCCAUUUUACCAUGCAAGUUACUCCGUCAUUAUCGAGUUGGUGGAUGACCAUUUUGAGGGUCGUCUUCGCAGGCCUUUCAGUUGGAAGUCACUGGCGACCUUAAGCAGAGUUUCAGUGAAUGUCUCCAAGGAACUCAUGCUGUGCUAUUUGAUUAAACCCUCUGCCAUGACUGACAAAGAAAUGGAGUCACCAGAAUGUAUGAAAAGGAUUAAAGUUCAGGAGGUGAUUCUGAGCCGUUGGGUUUCCUCGCGAGAGAGGAGUGACCAAGACGAACUUUAACAAUUCCACCUCUUAUUUCUGAUUUCACCAACAAAUAUUUAUUGAGUCUCCUACAAUAAGCCAAGUUCAGGGCAAGGUAAAGAGUCCUUUUAUUGUAAUUGGCCUUUAAUUUAAAAGUUUUAAAGGGCAUGGUGCUCCCAGAACCAGAAAACUGUUAGUGUUUGAAAAGAUAAAAUUACACAGGAGAGAAAAAUAGCCCCGGGCGGGGACUUCAGAUUCUGUCCUUGAGUCACACUGACUGUGACUGGCCUGGAGCUCCUGGCCUCUGGGCCUCACUCCAUCCUCAUCUGUUCAGUGAGGACAUUGAGUAGAUGAGUCACGAGAAGACUCGUCUAGCGACAGGGAAGUUCUGUGUUACUCUGAUUGUAUCUGAAAAGGAUAAUAGUUUACAUGGAUGUGGCAUGCUACAGUUCUCAAAGCAGCACUUUUAUACACAGGCACCUCUCAUUGCCCACAUCCAGUCAGCUCCUGGAAGAGGGCUGGAAAGCAGCCUUGGGGACUGCAGGACGCUAUGUCCCCUUAAUGUAAAUGGAAAACAUAACAUGUCUCUGCUUGUCUGAGAACUCCAACCAAUUACUCAAGAACAUAAAAAUCUAUUUAAUGUUUAACAAGGAUUUCUGAAUCAUAGAAAGCAUUUAAAACAAUUACCUAGUUAUUUGUCAGUGAGCUAAUUGGUAGGCAUGUUGGUGUAGAAUAUAAAAUAUUAUGCAGUAUUAGGUAAAAAUUGCAUCUUGCUUCAGUGAACUUGUUAUGAAGUAAAAAUAGGUGGUGAAGUAAUAUAUGAAGAUACAUAAUGAGUGCAGUUAACAUUUAGGAAACACAAUAAACAAAGCCUUUUCUUAACUGAUUAGAUUCCAGUGAAGAGUUGCCUGAGGCCUGGUAUUUGGAGGCAAGAAGAAGGAAAUGGACAGAGGGUGUGGGGGUGAGGUGAGCGAGCCAAAGGGAGCCGGUGUGGGAGUGAGGGGACACGUGUCUGAGACUCAUCCACUGUCCGAAUUCAGGACACUGACGGACAGUCUUCUUGGCACUAAAUAUACCAGAAGUAGAUGGUUAAGAUUCAUCUUUGGAAGCUGAGAUGAAAAAGAAACAACAAAAAGAAAUAAAUGGGUACUUGUUUGCACUCCCUUGCAUGAUCUUAGAGCUCCUGAUGGUCUAAGAAUCUCUUAUAGUUGUGUUUUACUGCGGUAGUUCUGUUCACAUCAUAACCCUGUGCUCUCCCAAUGAAAUCAUUAUGUCCACAUGCUUUACAUUUUAACGAUUUGGCAUGCAAAUAAACGGGGCUCCCCUUCCUCCCCUGCCUCAGACCAAAAUGGCCAUCAAUUUGAAAAAGCCUCUUAGUAAGUUCUUUGCUUUUCAUUAGUGAUACUAAUAGUUCUUCAGCAUUGUUACUGUUCACUUUGCUUACUCCAGGCUCCUUAGCAAAGUAAAAGACUUCACUUUGAAUCAUCAAUUUCUCAUCUCAAAACCUUUGAUGUCGAUCUUCCUUAUUUCAUUGAUCAUUUGUAGUGACACUUCUUUGCAAGCCUAGUCAGUGCAUCAGAUGCCUUUAUGGUCAAAACUCUUCCAUGAAUCCUUCAUCAAAGUAUGAUCUUUCUAUCAACAUUCCACCUCAGAUGCUUUAACAUCAGCUAAUAUGCAUCGAAGCUUUUUUUUUAUCAUAAAGGCUUCAAUAAAGAUGUAGAGAAGCCAAAAGACUGCAUAGAUACUUGUAACUGAAGGCUCUAGAAGACUGUCCAAAGCAUCAUCUUUAGUCAAAGAAACCUUGUAUGAAGGAUUUCCCUUCUUUGUGUAUAAGAUUUGAACACCGUGUAGCAGGCCAUGCACUCUUCAGCGGUACCUGAGGGCACUGGGGCUUCUGGAAUGAUGCACCAGCAAACAUUUUGGUUGCCAGCUAAAAGCAGUAUUAGCUUAUCUUUGGAAGUAUUAAGUCCUAGCACUUUUUUCUUACCUUCUGAAACAAAUGUUCCAGAUGGCAUUUGUUUUCAAAAUAAAGCUCAAAUUCAUUCA